CGCAUGCGUGCGGGGCGGGCCGGGCCAGGCCUAUAUAUUGAGUUGGCGCCGGCGCCAGCUGAGCCGAGCUGUAGAGGGUCUGGCGGUGAGGAGGGUUUCAUAGACCUUAAAGAAGAGAAUGUCGAGACGCAGUAGCCGUUUACAAGCUAAGCAGCAGCAUGCCCAGCCCAGCCAACCAGACUCCCCACAAGAAGCCCAGAUAAUUCAGGCCAAGAAGAGGAAAACAGCACAGGAUGUCAAAAAAGGAAAAGAGGAGAUCAGCAAGAAGCAUCAGUUCGAGAUUCGGAAUUGUUGGCCACCUGUACUGUCUGGAGGAAUCAGUCCUUGCAUUAUCAUUGAAACACCCCAUAAAGAAGAAAUAGGAACAAGCGACUUCUCUAGAUUUACAAAUUACAGAUUUAAAAACCUUUUUAUUAAUCCUUCACCUCUGCCAGAUUUAAGAUUUUUCAUUAUGUAUAACCUGAGUGCAGUUCUAAAGAUAACAUCUGAACACUUGGUUCUUCAGGUAUGUGAAGUCUACACACUUCAUAGGGAGACAUUCUACCUUGCCCAAGACUUUUUUGACAGAUUUAUGUUGACACAAAAAGAUGUAAAUAAAAAUAUGCUUCAACUCAUUGGGAUUACCUCAUUGUUCAUUGCUUCUAAACUUGAGGAAAUCUACGCUCCCAAACUCCAGGAGUUUGCUUAUGUCACUGAUGGUGCUUGCAGUGAAGUAGAUAUCUUAAAGAUGGAACUCAAUAUCUUAAAGGCUUUAAAAUGGGAACUUUGUCCUGUAACAGCCAUUUCCUGGUUGAAUCUUUUUCUCCAAGUUGAUGCUGUUAAAGAUGUCCCUAAGGUUCUUCUACCUCAGUAUUCCCAGGAGACAUUCAUCCAGAUAGCUCAGCUUUUAGAUCUGUGUAUCCUCGCUAUUGACUCAUUAGAAUUCCAGUACAGAAUUCUGGCAGCUGCAGCCUUGUGCCAUUUUACCUCCAUUGAAGUAGUUAAGAAAGCCUCAGGUUUGGAAUGGGAGGACAUCUCCGAGUGUGUAGACUGGAUGGCGCCUUUUGUCAGCGUGGUAAAAAGUGUAAGUCCAGUGAAGCUGAAGACCUUUAAGAAGAUAGCCGUGGAAGACAGGCACAGUAUCCAGACACAUACAAAUUAUUUGGCUUUGCUGAGUGAAGUAAACUAUGUGAACACCUUCAGAAAAGGAGGGCAGUUGUCACCAGUGUGUAAUGGCGGCAUUAUGACACCUCCGAAGAGUACUGAAAAACCAUCAAUAAAACCCUGAAGUUAACAUCAAAUUGGAAUUGAAAAGAUACUGGAUAAGGUUCAUACAAAUGAGUUUUACAGGAAAGUAGUGUUGUGGCUAUCCUUGCCCACUGAGGAGUUACACUGCCAUUUUGUUUAAAAACUGCAUCAAUUUGGCAAUAAAUGCCUAGGGUACAUGAAGCCGUGGGCUCAAUCCCCAGCACUACAAAAGAACAAACUUAAAAAAAAAAAAAAGUUGGCACUAAAGAAAUUUCCUCUAGCUGUUUAAAAGAAAAGAAGACUUGUUUACAGGGGUGACUUCACGCCCAAGGACAGUGGCUAGAAGCCAGCAACAAUUGGUGCUGUAGCAGUUUCUGUUUGUUACUGUGUUUCCCUUGAUAAACUAGGAUUUAUUUUAUCAUUGGAAUAUGGACUAAACUAGUGAUACUUAAAAGAUACAUUGCUGACACACAACUUUGAUUCCUAAGUUCCUAUACUCUUGAAUGGUGCAAUCUGUCUUUUGAAAAUGAAAUUUAAACUUAUUUACAAAGAUUGUUUUGUAAUACAGUGACUAAUUUAUCUAAAGCUGUUUGUAACAAACAAUGAUAAAACUUGAAUUUUUACAAAUGGUGAAGUUCAAUCUGUUUUUAGUUUGUCUUAACAUAAUAUUUCUUAAUCAGUAAGGCACGAACCAAAUGUUUAAACUGUUCUAAAGGAGAACCAAAGAAAUUAUAAACAAAAAAAAUGCUUUGGCUUCUAUGGGUUUUUACUUGAUCUAAAGGUUGCUUUAUGGUCGUUUCAUACAUCACAAUCUGAGUAAAACUUUAAUGCCUUUUCAAACUAUUUAUAUAGGAAAGUCACUUUAUUGCACUAAGCUAUCCCUAAGUAUUUUUGAAAUAUAGUGUGAAGCUAAGGCUUUAUGUUUGCAAAACUGGCAGUCCAUUUUUAAAGCCCCAUCUUAUGAGAUGAACUUAACAUGUGACCUAAACUUCUAUUUUCUAUGGCAGAAAAAAUAUUAAAUGUAUACUGACUCCUAGAAAUCUAUUUAUUUAAACUGGUUGUAUAUAGAUUAGCUACUUAUACAUUAAAUAUUUUAAGUUAGCCUUUGAAAAAGAAAUUUGGGCCUAAAAAGUCAAUUUCAUCAGGAAAAAAAUGAUGCCAGGUUACCAGACAUGUAAAGCUUUUCUCUUUUUGAAGAAAUUGUGAACUAUUUGUUAAUGUGUGGCGUUCUUGUAUAGUUUUUGUUUAUAAAACUAGUUUGCUUCAGUUUUUGUCUGAAAAGAAAACACCACUAAAUUGUACAUAUGUAUUAUAUAAACUUAAUCUUUUAAUACUGUUUAUUUUUAGCCCAUGUUUAAAAAAUAAAAAGUUUAAAAAAUUAA